AUGGGAAGAGGAGGAGCACGGCAAGGAGACCGUGGUUCAUAUAGAAUGGUUUUGUUAGAUAAAGAUUUAGAAUGGGUUCUUGAUGCUGCAUGGGAAGAAGAUAUUCCAAAAAUCACAGGCUCUGCUCUUUAUGCCGCUUUGAACAAAGCUCGUAACACGCUUUAUGAAAGCAAGUGUGCUGCGAAAGAAGUUGGCAUAGAACAAUGCAGACGUGAGCAUCAAGCUUCUAGAAAUUUUAUGAAUGCAUUGUCCGAAGGAAAAAUGGACAUUAUCAAAAGGUUUUUGUUUAAUCAGAAUCGUGGAGCAAAUAUCAAUUCAGGGAGUUCGUGUACACUACUGCUUAUGGAUGCAACAGACUCCAUGUCAAGUUUAUUCUCUGCUACUAAAGACACGGCCGGUACAAUGUUUGAACAUACUUCAGUUGUUUUAGAAGAAAAAGGAUUAUCAAAAGAUGUAUUCUCUAUGCAAUUUGCUGUUUAUCGAAACUAUAGUUCUAGAGAUAAUAAGAUUUUGGAAGUUUCUUCUUGGGAGACAAAGGCUAAUAAUUUACGGGCAUUUAUGAACACCAUUAGUCCUGAACGUGGCCAUUUGAAUGUGGCGAUAGAAGUUGGAUUAUGGCAUGCAGUUAAAGAAAGUGAGUUAGAAGACUCGAUCUCUCAAGUAAUUCUCAUAGGAAAUGCUUCAGCCAAUACCCAACAAGAGGUACUUGAAAAACGAGCACAUUUUGGUGAAGCAUAUUGGAAACAGACGAAAUUUCAUAAACUAACAUAUUAUGAACUUGAACUGCAGAAGUUAAAAGAAAAGAGCAUUCCUGUUCAUGCAUUUUAUCUUACAGAUAGUGCAAAAAAGGAUUUCCAAAUAAUUGCGAGAGGGACGGGAGGACGCGCUGUGGACGAUUGA